AUGCCCGCCUCCGACACCUCUCCUCCAGUCCCGACUGCUGCCGCGGCAACUUCCCCUCCGUCCUCGAGUGAUUCAUUCUCUCAACUAGAGCAUUCCGCACCCGAUCUCAUCAUUUCGUCGUCUGAUCUCGCGACAUCAUCAACAACGUCGAAAACAAUAGUGAACGGCGAGGAGCCCGAGAAGCACCCAAAGGGAAAGCGGAAGAGGACUGCCGCCAAAGAUAAGAGCAUACUUGAGAAUGCCUACCUCGCGAACCCAAAACCAGACAAGGCGGCGCGUCUGGAUAUCGUGAAGCGCGUUUCCCUCAACGAGAAGGAGGUUCAAGUAAAGAUAAUGCUUUACACAGACUUUUAUCAAAUGGUUGCUGAUCCGUCUUUAAGAUCUGGUUUCAAAACCGUCGCCAGAAUGACCGGCGCAAGUCGCGUCCCCUCUCUGCACAGGAAAUCGCAGCUCUCCGUUACGGUGGAAUGCAGAUACUCUCCUCUGACCCUGCAUCAUAUAGCUCUCCGGUCGGCGAGGAUAAGACGUCACCAAUAG